GACCAUAGUGCAGCCUAAACUGUGGCCACACAGUAUAGGUUGCUCUGAAACUUCGAGUUUUUAUGAUUUGCUUCAAUUUGGAUGCCUUCUUUAUUCCCAUGUGAGUCAGAAAUUAUGUCAAUUGCAUAGCUCUAACCUGUCUCACGGCUUCCAGCGGAUGUAGCGUGGGCGGACGUUUGCAAUGCAUCACAGCUCUUCGGAGAAGUGAUGCGGUGCCCAGUUCUCUCAGCUGCUAGUAUGAGCCGUAGUGUAUUUCAGUUUCGCUAGACUACUCCGCUACCCAGUCGUUGCAGUGUAUUGUAGAAGAACAAUUUAAAAACGUAGCUAGCAGUAAAAUCUUAAUUUCACAUAGGUAAACCGAGGUUACAUUGACAGCCGCACAAGCACAGCAAUGGCCCUGAAAAGAAUUCAUAAGGAGUUAAAUGAUUUGGCUCGUGACCCUCCAGCACAGUGCUCCGCAGGACCUGUUGGAGAUGACAUGUUUCACUGGCAGGCUACCAUAAUGGGACCAAAUGACAGUCCGUAUCAGGGUGGUGUGUUCUUCUUGACCAUUCACUUCCCCACGGACUAUCCCUUCAAACCACCAAAGGUUGCAUUCACCACAAGAAUCUAUCACCCAAACAUCAACAGCAAUGGCAGCAUCUGCUUGGACAUCCUGAGGUCGCAGUGGUCGCCAGCACUCACCAUCUCCAAAGUCCUCUUGUCCAUCUGCUCACUUCUCUGUGACCCAAACCCAGACGAUCCACUAGUGCCUGAGAUCGCACGCAUCUACAAGACAGACAGGGAAAAAUACAACAGAAUAGCCCGGGAAUGGACCCAGAAAUAUGCUAUGUAGUCUCAAGGCAAUACAGUGGAAAAUCUGCCUUUAUAUUCAAAGGCUUGGGGGAGCUUUGAAUGAAAAGAGGAAAAAAGUAUUGUUGGUUUCCUUUGGAGUGAUUUCUUUGAGCCACACCCUCCCUCUCCCUACGCACUUGACCUCCUUCCCCCUGCCUCACCCCCUUCAACCUGUCCAGCUGCCAUGAUGUACAUAUUUGAGACAGCAAAUUGUAUACUCCACAAUGUCCACCAGGACCCAUGUAGGACCACUCUUAUUUGAUUCCAGGAAGCAUUCCUUAUCAUUUUUAUGAACCCAAGGUUUGCUUUUUCCAAGAUUGAGGGAUUUUAUGUAUGUGCUUUGUUUCUCUGGUUGUUUUUCUCCCUCUGUGCUUCCAGCUGUCCUGUGAGCGGAUGGGAGGGGUGGGAAGAGAAGGGGCUUGGAGAAUGUUUUUGUCUUCUAUUUGGCUAUAAUAAGAAAUAGCCUUCAAUCUGUCAAUCGUUCUGCAAACCUCGAGGGGACUUUCUCUGUUUGGCAAUGGGAUGCCCAGGAUCCUGCCUCAUAGCCCCUCCACAAUGUGAAUCACUAUCAUUUAAGAUCGUAGUUACCCAUGGAACCCUCCACACUGUAUGACGUGGGACAAUAAAGUAAUGAGACUGAUAUCUAUAUAUCUACUGAAUAUUACAUCCAAAAUAACUUCUCCCUCACCCUAGUCAAAUGAAAUACUCUUGUGAUGUUGAUUUUGCUAAAGGAAAAAAUAGUACCCUUUUAGAUCGCCCUUUGCGCCUUCAUCAAAUUAUUUUAGUUCUCUCAAUUGUGGCAAGUCUUUGUCUUCUGGGUGAUGGUCUGAUUUUUAAAACGGCCAAAGUUAGUUUGGAUCUAAGUUUGGCAGCUAAAUUGGGUGGUACUAGUACACUGAAAUGGUAUUAAUCUAUCUGGAUCUUCUGUUUUUAUCUACAUUCUUUCUCUGGUUUCAAGUCCAGCCUGAAAGGACAACGAUUUGGCAUUAGUAAUAAAGCAUGUUGUUCGAAGGCAACGCCGAAUGACAAUAUCUAAAAUCUAAUAUGAUGAAUUUAAAGUCUUACCUCAAGUGGGCUAAAUGGAAGGAAAUCAGUCUGAUUGGGGUGUAUUUUCAUAAAAUAGAACAGUGACCUCAUUCUGUAAUCACACUUUGUAUAUUUGAGCUGCCAUCGUUGACAUUGAAGCUCCAACUACUCCCUGUCUGGAUCAGAACCCUGGACUUGAGUUCCAGACAAACAAACUUCUGUAUAUUUAAUUACCUGAGAGCUCAUUGAGCUUGUGUCUUAAUUCAACUGUAAUAAACAUGAUUAUUAAAGUUA